AUCGCGAAUAGCAGUGGGCCACACUAGUCAGAAUAAAUGUGACGAAACUUUUAGUGAAGGUACACAAAACCAGGAUGCCUCACAAAAUAACGACACCAUCGAUAGAUUGUCAACAAAUGUUAAACCCAUUGGGUAUAAUUUUCUACUGAAUCCAUAUAGACAUAAUAAUACAUUUUUUGGCUCCGGAAUUAUUGUCAUUCAGAUACAGGAACACGCAACUAACAAUAUUACACUUCAUGUUGGGAACAGUAUCGAAAUCGAAAUAAUAACAACUUGGUCAUUACUUGAUGAAGGAUUAAGGUGUCGGAACAUUAGUUCGACUUCGUAUGACAGUAUUACUGAAAUGUACACUAUCAGCACCUUCGAAACCUUAGCGAAGGAUGAGUUAAUACAUAUUUACUUUGAAUGGAAAGGAAAUUUAUCCGACGAUACGGUCGGAUUUUAUAGGAGUUUCUACUUUGAAAGGAACGGUACAACAGGAAUGGAACAGAUCAAAUGGUUAGCUGCGACACAAUUCCAAACGACAUAUGCGAGACAUGCCUUUCCGUGUUUCGAUGAACCAAGUUUUAAAGCCAAAUUCAGUAUCGAUAUAAUAAGAUACGACAAUUAUAGGAUUAUAAGUAAUAUGCCAUUUUUAAUAACUGUUCCAAUAAAUUGGGAAGGCAGGAGCCGUGAUAAAUUCAAGCAAAACAUUCCAAUGCCUACUUACUUAGUGGCCUUUGUGAUUUCGGAAUUCGAUUUUAUAAAUUCAACUUCUUCUGGAGAAAUUCAAUUUAAAGUAUGGUCCAAACCAUCUACCAUUAAUCAGACUCGAUACGCUUCGAAGAUCGGCACCACAGCCAUCGAGCUAUUUAAGAAAAAGUUCAAUCAAAUUGAACUUCCUAAUAUGAACAUAGUGGCUAUACCUGGAAGCAUCGAAAAUUCGGGAUUGACGUAUCGCGAGAGGGAUGUGCUGUACGAUGAGAAAGAAUCGUCGGCGAUAGCGCAGCAGAGAGUGACUUCCGUGAUCGUACACAAGCUGACACAUCAGUAUUUCGGGAAUUUGACAAUACCAGAAUCAUGGAACUAUCUGUGGCUUAGCGAAGCAUUCGCCAGGUACUUUGAAUAUUUCGGCGCUGCGGAGAUCGAGACAACAUGGAAUAUGAAAAAACAAUUUGUGAUAGAGCAAGUAGCGUUAGUAGCAGACAGUAUUGAUAAAUAUUCUUCUCCGAUGACUCGUGAGAAUUCCCAUAAACCGCAAAUCGGAGAAUUAGUAAAGACAGAUUAUAUUACCCAUAACAAAUAUAUAAUUUCGAUUACCAAUUUCGAUCAAGUAGUGGAAUCAGUAGAUCCAAGAUUAAAAAUUGAUGUAAAGACCAUAAUGGAUACUUGGACUACACAAGCCGAAUAUCCCGUUGUAACAAUCGUCAUUAAUGACAACGGCGUAAUAAAUAUUUCUCAAAAUCGCUCUCUUCUGAGGAAUCUUUAUGAGAGUCCUACGAAUAUCACUUGGUCUAUCCCGCUCACGUUUACUACACAAAGCAAACCAGAUUUUAACAACACAAUUCCGAAGUACUGGAUGUCUGCCGAAAGGUACACCGUUCCUGACAAAGUUGAUUCAAAAGAAUGGAUAAUAUUUAACGUUCAAUCAUCGGAAUUUUAUCGUGUAAAUUAUAACAACCGCGGAUGGCAAAACAUUUUUAAUAACUUGCAAAACGGUAAUCUGGAUGAUAUUCAUGUAUUAAAUAGAGCUGGCAUUGUAGACAAUCUGUUAAAUCUGGAUAGAGCAGGCUAUCAAAAUUACGAUACAGUUCUCGAUAGAUUUUUAUCUAAAUUUCUUUAUCUUAAAAGGGAAACGAAUUAUUUAUCCUUUAAAGCAACUGAAAAAUUUUGUGGGUGCGGCCAAAUGGUGAUUCUUGAAGCAUUAGGAUGCAGUCAAAAUGCCACCAUCUUAGAAGAGUAUCUGCUUUAUGCCAUUACCAAUUACCUAUUUAACGUUCGAAUUCGUAAAGAGGACAGCAUGACCGUUUUUGACGCCGUUUGUAAGGGCGCCAACUCUAGCCUGCUUGGUGCCAAUUUGGUUUUUGAUUUUGUUCAAAAAUAUCACGAAAAAAUAGAAAACUACUACGGAGGACGGAACGCAAUAGCCACAAUCCUCACUAGAGAAUCGAUAUAUCUCUCUACCGACGAAUUAGUGAACAAAUUCAAAGAACUCAUAGCCAAUCACAAUUUCACAACGAAAUUGGUAAUCGAAAUUAUAUAUACAGGUCAUUUGAAUGCGAAAGAGCAUCAUGGCUUUUACAAAAGUUCUUACGUGAAUGACAAUCGAGAAACCAGGUGGCUUGCAACCUCAUACAUGAAACCUACUGGUGCCAGAAAAAUGUUCCCUUUUCCAGCAAUAAAAGCGAAAUUCUUUAUUGAUGUUAUCGUUCCGCGAAGUUACAAAGCCAUCAGUAAUAUGGAUCAAGGGCUUAUAAUCAAUAACUCCGAUGAUCGUACUGUUAUAUACGAAUUCAAUGAAUCAGCGCUGAUGUCAACGUACUUAGUGACACUUAUCGUUUCCGAUUUCGAGUCUGAAUUUAGACAAACAGAUGAAAUCAAAUUCAUUGUGUACGCACGUCCCAACGCCAUCAAUCAAACCAAUUAUACUCUAUCCGUAAUGUCUCCAUUGGUAAAAUACUUCGCCGAUACGUAUAAACAGAAAUAUCCGCUUUCAAAUCUCUUCGUGGCUGCGAUACCUGAUUUCUCAUCAAAGGCAAUGGAGAAUUGGGGCCUUCUUACAUAUAGUGAAACGAAUAUUUUAUACGAUGAGAAUCACUCGCCAAUCACAAGCAAGCACAAUAUCAGAAAUAUGAUCGCUCACGAGAUCUCCCAUCAGUGGUUCGGAAAUUUGAUCAGUCCUGCGUGGUGGAAGUAUCUAUGGUUGAGCGAGGGAUUUGCCACAUAUUUCGAAUAUCAUGCUACCGCUCGUACAUUUAAUGACACGACAUUGGAAUCGCAAUUUGUGGUGGACCAAAUACAUUCUGCAUUUAAAGCAGAUAGUUCAAAAAUUACACAUUCUAUGAAUCACGAUGUUACAAUUCCUUCUGAAAUUCAAAAUAAAUUCGAUACAAUCACUUAUGCCAAAGGUGCUAGCGUACUGAGAAUGAUCGAAAAAGUAUAUGGAAUCGAUGUGUUCAAUGAUGCAUUAAUUGAUUAUCUUAAUAAAGGGAAGUUCAACGUUGCCACACCAGAAGACCUGUAUGCAUCCUUUCAACUAAAAAUAAAUAAAAAAGGAUAUCAAACAUUGAAACACGAUGUCAAAGUUAGUUUAGACACAUGGACCACUCAACCUGGCUAUCCAGUCAUUCAUGUCUCUGUUACAGAAAAUACAAUAGUUAUAGAACAAGAACGUUUCUUCUUUGAUAAAUGGAAUAAUUAUGAUAAUACUAUUUGGCACAUCCCAAUUACGUGGGCAUCAGUUGAGAAUAGUUCAGAAUUCUCUAAUACGACUCCGAUGUUUUGGAUGACAGAAAAAAAAAUAGAAAGAGAAAAAUCGCCAGAUUUAUCACUUUUAAUUUUCAACACGCAAGCAUUGAUUGAUGAUCUUAUGAAUCUUGCAAGAGCAGAGUACAUUGAUUAUAAGAUUGCUAUAUCUGCCUUAAUGUAUUUGGAAAAUGAAAAUAAUUAUUUCCCCUGGCGUGCGUUCUUCAAUAACCUGCCUUACUUGAACAAACAUUUUGCAGGACGCCCUAUUGAAGGCAUAUAUAAAAAAUGGUUAACAUUUUUAAUAGGACGACUUUACGCACAACUAGGCUUUGAGGAUAACACGAGUGACGACGACCUGAAGCAGAUAUUCAAAAUACAUACUCGCAAAUGGGCCUGUAAAUUAGAUAUAACAUAUUGUAAACUGUGUGCUCUAAGAUAUUUCCAACAAAAAUUUCAACAUUCAAAAAUAAUAUCUCCAAAUUACCGCGAUGUUGUUUACGGUACAGCCAUGAGGUUGGAUAAGGCAAAUAAUACUUAUGAGUUUCUCUGGAAGGAAUAUUUAAACAACAAUGUGAUCACAGAUAAACUUGUAAUUCUUGAUUCAUUAGCUUGUUCAGAAAAUAAAGAUGUGUUAGAAAAGUUAUUACUGGAUGCAAUCACAGAGAAUUCACCUAUUCCGUACCAAGAUAUUGAAAGAGUAUUCAGUAAUGUUUAUGAUGCAAAUUUAAUUGGCGUUGAAGUUAUCAUAAAAAUGAUUCAAACAUAUUACGAUGAUAUAUUGCAUCGACAUUUUAAUAAUUAUUUAAAAAUCGAAAAUAUAGUGAACGCUUUGGCAAACAGAUUAUCUACUAUUGACCUCUUUUACCAGUUAUCAAGAAUUCUUAGAACUAACGAAGAAUGCCCGAUUUUCAGCAGGAUGAAAGCUGGCAGGAGUUGGAUGUGCAACAAAUUUAUUCUCAGCAAGAGUGCGAAGCUUUUCAGAAGCAGAAACACAGACAGUAAUGAAUCCAGAAAAUAAUUGCUAAUGGAAUGCUUCUUUGCAACAGCAGUCGUAUCCAAGACAGAUAUACCGCAACCACCAAUCGGCUAUAUGCCGCAAUGCCAGAAUAAAUUACUGCAGCAACAAAUCCUCAAGUUCCACCAUCGCAGCAACAUUAUCCUAGGCAGAUUCCGCCAAGUAGCAACAGUCCCAGUUUCAGGUUCAGCAGCCUAAAAAAAUGCAGCAACAAUACCAACGCCAUCCCCAACAGGCUCAACAACAGAGUCAAGACCAACCCUAGCAGACCUAGCAACAAAUCCAGAAUCAACCUCAGCAGGUUCAACAACAGAGGCAUCCAGGGCAUCAGCAAAUGCAGCAACAACAAACGCAGAAUCAAAUCCAAUAAAUUGUUCUUAAGAUUAUCAUUGUAUUUAUUAUUGUUUUUAGGGAUUAAUUUCUUUAUUUGAUACAGAAAAAUUGCAAUUAUUUAUAUUAUAUAAAGUAUGCUAAUUGUUAAAUAAAAAUGUAUUACUCAUUCUCAAGCAACUGUGUACAAGAUUAUUUCAUGAUAUGUAUCUGGACUAUCUGACUUACAUAAACUCGAUCAAAUCCCAAUUGACGUUUAACAUUUCUUAUAGGCGAGAACAAAUCACCGAAAUGAGAAUUAAUGUUGUAUCAUUGCGAAUCAGGUUAAUAAAAUAACUUUAUUAAAAUUAGGUACGUUGAAGAUUUAAAGAGAACAGGAUUUAAAGAAAAGAAAAAAGAAAUUUUUGAGGGGGAUAAAAGGAGAUAUAAUGUUUCCUUUCUCGUAUUUGUCAUUGUAUACUGUUUAUUAGUAAACGAGUGCUUGCAAUGAUACAUUGCAGGAUCACAACAGAAUACAUUAAGAUGCAGCACACGCGCAGAAAACGAAAUGCAGUCUUUCGGACAAUCACGAGAGCCAUCAGCCGAUCUUAACGAUUCUCACGAUUGUCAGUAGUAGCUGGAUUGUUGUCAGGGAUGGGAAGUAACUCGUUACUUAUAACAAAGUUACAGUUACAGUUACUUUUUUUUCAAUAACUGUAACUUAACUUAUUAGUCCGAUUUUUUAAGCAACUAUAAGUAACUAAUUUAAUAGUUACUUUUACAAUUACUUUUUAUGUAUUAAAUUGUCACUUUCAUAUGGAUAACAAUUAUGCAACACUUUCGCUCAAUCACCUAAUCGUAAUGUUGAUUGUAAUUAUGCAAAAUAUUUAAAUGCUCAUAUUUAAAUACGCGCAUUACUCUUCUUUUUUAAAUAAAAUUAUAAAAUAUA